UGUGUGCAUAACAGACAAUUACUUGUAAACAUAAAUGUAAAUGUAAAAAUGGUUUGAUAUAAAAAACGUGCAUGUCAGGGACUUGUUUUAUACUAAACUAGUGAAUACUUGUAUGCCCUUUUAAUAGGAAGAGGUGUUUUUGCACGUGUACCCAUUGAAAGUGGGUGUUUUCUAGCCGAAUAUCGAGGGGAACUUAUCUCACAGCAUGAGUGCAGUGCAAGACAAAAUAAAUUCUCGGACAAAGAGAAAACCUUUUUGUUUGAUUUUCAGUGGAACGGUGGUUACUGGUGCAUUGAUGCAUCAAAGGAAGACGGAUCAAUGGGACGGCUGUUCAAUGAUGACCAUAAAUCGCCCAAUGGCAGAAUGAGAAUAAUCCUUGUUGGAGGCAAACCUCAUCUCUGUUUAUUUGCGAUUGACAAUAUAGCCUCAGGGUCAGAGAUCCGAUAUAGCUAUGGGGAUUGCAACUGGCCAUGGCGUACACUUCUGCCAAGCCCUUUGCCUCAACCUGCGUCCAGCACGUCUGUCGAGACCCAUGGAUCCCUGAUCUCCUAACCUCCAGCAAAUGUACAGGUGUCAGGUGACCUGGAUAUCUCGGAUGACUAUAGUGACAAUAGUGACUAUAGUGACAAAGACUACAUCCCAGAUGCAGAUGAUGACUCUUCAGAUAGCUCUCAUAGCAAAGAGUUGAACGUUAUUAAUCCUGUGGGCCAUAAAAGAGCAAGAAUUGCAUCACACAAUCCAAAGGCCAAUAUAUCAGUAAGCUUGAGCUGUCCUUCUUCAGAACCCAUGGAUAGUUGUAGCCCACCAGAGAAAAGCUUACCUUCUGUCACACCAAUGCCAAAAGGGUCACCAACAAGAGCAAAGUAUGGAAGAUACAACAAAAAGCAAUUCUGUCUUUACUGUAAGAAGCCUAAAUCUAAACUAGCAAGACACCUUGAGCAUGUCCAUUCCAGGGAGCCUGAUGUGGCAAAAGCAUUUAGCUUCGACAAAAAAUCGCACAAAAGAAGGGUGCUUUUACGCAUUCUGACAAGUAGAGGAAACUUUUUACAUAAUGCAAAUGUGUCAAGCACAGGGACAGGAGAGAUGGUGGCACGACGGCGGCCCAUCAAAGCAAAAACAGCUGAUGAUUACAAGCACUGCAUUCAUUGUCAAGGCAUGUAUGCAAGAGAGACAUUGUGGAGACACAUGAGAUACUGUCCUUUGAAACCUGAAACUAAAGAACCACAAACUGGGAAAAAGAGGGUUCAGUCACUCCCUUAUUUGUCCCUACCACCACCGGAGGAUGUAAGUCAAGCUGUAUGGAAAAUUGCCUGUGAGAUGAAUAAUGAUGAGGUUGCAUCCGUAGUCAGAGGGGAAAGAUACAUUUUACUUCUUGGACAGCAGAUGUACAACAAAAGCACAACAACUUCUGGAAGAAAAGAAAACAUACGUCAAAAGAUGAGAGAAUUAGCCAGACUAGUCAUCACUGCGAGAUCUGUGACACCCUUGAAGAACUUACGAGACUUCAUCAUGCCUUGCAACUUCCGUUAUGUAAUAAAUGCAGUGAGAUCUGUGGCUGGAUACAAUGAGGAGAGCAACUUAUUCGGAAUUGGGUCAUUGGCAGUUAAACUUGGACAUAGCUUAAAGAAGAUUGCGAACAUCAUACAAUGCAGUGCACUCAUGGUAGGUAAUGCCGAGGUUGCAGAGUCUGCUCGCAACUUCUCAACAAUUUAUGACAAACAAUGGAAUGAGUGCAUUUCAUCUGGGGCACUGAAUACUCUUGCUCAAGCUAAAUGGAACAAGCCUCAAGUCUUGCCUUUCACAGAAGACGUCAAGAAGCUCCACUCCUUCCUUGCCGCCAAACAGAAAAAUGCAAUGAGUGCCCUGCAGGUUGAGCCAAAUUCCAGGAACUUUGCCAUUCUUUCGAAAGUGACAUUGACCCAGGUCAUUCUGUUUAACAGGAGAAGGGAGGGUGAGGUUUCAAAAAUGAUGAUGAAAUUAUAUGUUUCUAGGGAUCACACACAGAUGCAUAAAGACAUUGCUUUGGGACUCAGUGCCUAUGAAAAGAAGCUUUGUGACUACUUUCAAAGGGUGGAAAUACGUGGGAAAAGAGGGCGAAAGGUCCCCGUUCUGUUUGCCCCUCAUAUGGUUUCUGCCAUAGACAUCCUCAUUGAGGAAAGGGCAAAAUGUGGAGUACCCAUGGAAAAUGAGUACCUGUUUGCUCGUCCAGCUGCUCUCACACAUUAUCGAGGUGCAGACUGUUUUCGUGAGUAUGCAAGGGCCUGUGGUGCAGAAAACCCAGGUACCCUCUCUUCUACCAAACUACGCAAGCAAGUUGCCACCUUAUCUACCAUGCUCAAUAUGAAAGAAAAUGAAUUGGAUCAACUCGCCAGCUUUCUUGGGCACGACAUUCAAAUUCAUCGGGAGUUCUACCGUCUCCCAGAGAGCACUCUUCAAUUGGCCAAAGUCAGUAAAAUCCUCAUUGCCAUGGAAAAGGGAAGACUGCCAGAGCUGCAAGGGAAAGGACUAGAUGACAUAAUCAUAAACCCACAAGAUGAGGUAGACAUGUCCAGUGGUGUUUCCAGCGAUGAGGAGGGGUUUUCUGGCCUACAUCAGACCCAGAACAAAAUUAAUCAAGGAUCCUCUUCAAUGCCGCAUUCCAAGGAUGACAACCUGAUUGAUUCUUCCAGUGAUGAGAUGGAGUUUGCUGACCUGCGUGCGAUGCACAGUGAGAGGACUCAAGGUGUAGGGCGGAAACGUGCAGAUGUCAACUUGAGGAGGAAGUGGGAGAAAUUCGGUCAGAGAAUUGAUUUUCUACAUCUACCCCUCAACUACCGAGACCUAGCCGCGUCCCGCUACCACAACGCCCACAACGCUUACCAGUCACCAGGCCACGUCCUCCUCCGGUCGACCCACCGGUGCGGACCCCCUCGCCAGUCGUUGACCCUUCUUGCGUCCUGGAGACGAGCCUUGGUUCUCCCACACCGGACCCUGAGCCCCCAGUCCCCACCCACACUUCCUCAGCCCCUAGAAUCAACCGUCUCUCCCUCGCAAGAGCCGCGGCCCGGAUACGACUCUGUUCAUCGUCCUCCUCGCCGUCGCUGA